ACGUACGUCUCUCUCUCUGUACUGUACAUUGAUCGUAUUGAUAGGAAUAGUUGUACAACACAGUGCUGAACGUGUUUAUGUUGAUGAAGAACAUGUCGCAAAUACUCUACGCUUCUAGCUUUUACUAGCUCUCCAAUCGUGUUUUAGGUUUUACUACAAUGCUAAUCUCUGUUUGCUUAGUGCGGUUUAGGUUUUCGGCGGAUGCAUCUGUUUGUUUGUGACUCCACUCUGUACGGAUGUCUUCUGCUGAUAUCGUAUUUCGAGGUCGAAUGGGGUUUUGUGAUCUUCAUAGCGGUUGCCAAAAACUUGCCAACCAAAGUCUUGACGACUAGUUAAGUGGUUACAUGCUAUGUCGCUACUUGGAGAAGCACAUGAAGAUCAUACCGAGUUUAACUGGGGUCGUCAGACAGGCGUUGGUGGUCCAAACAAAGAUUUCCUCUUAUACGGAUCUUUUACACAUGGCGGUGUGGAGUACUUUCUUUAUGAUUGUGUAUACAUGUGGCGUGACAAUGAGCUUGACAUUGGUAAAAUUGUAAAGAUAUGGGAGACUCCAAGCCACUCAAAGAAGGUGAAGGUUGUAUGGUUUUUUCGUCCUAUUGAAAUACGACAAUGGCUUGGAGAUGUUGAGCCGCUUUGGAAUGAAAUAUUCUUAGCUUCCGGUGAAGGCAAUGGCCUCUGCAAUCGUAAUCCGUUGGAAGCAAUUUGUGGAAAAUGCAAUGUUGUCUGUACGUCAAAGGACAAGAGAAAUCCUCAACCAUCGAAAGAAGAUUUGAGAAUGGCUGAUUACAUUUUCAAUCGUACUUUUGAUGUUGCGAGGUGCACAAUAUCUCCCAUCUUUCCGGAUGUGAUAGCAGAAUCCGAAGUGAAACAUUUCUUUAACAGGGAAAAAGACCCAAAGCUCAUUGCAUCAGAAGAUGGUGCAAACUUGAAAGGGAAGAUUGCAAACCCAAGUUCGUUUGUUAAGGUUGAAGGGGUUACAGCUUUGAGGAACCCAGUGAAAGAUGGCAAGUUUGACAUGAGCCCUAAACCAGCAGCCAAAGUUGCAGAUAAAGCUGAGAUGAAAUGUGUCCACAAUCUGUCACCCACCAGUUUAUCUGAUAAGUCACAUAAACGGAGGAGGGUUCAUUUUAGUAUUGUUGAUCCUAAAGAAGAACAUUCUAAUAGAGUUAAGGGCAGCAAAUCCGACAACCAACCUCAGGAGAUUACAAGAAGGCCGGUUGUGGGCGGACUUGGUUUGUUACCUAAAGAAGAACUUUUUAAUGGGGUUAAGGGCAGCAAAUCCGACAACCAACCUCAGGAGAUUACAAGAAGGCCGGCUGUGGGCGGACUUGGUUUGUUACCUAAAGAAGAACUUUCUUAUGGGGUUAAGGGCAGCAAAUCCGACAACCAACCUCAGGAGAUUACAAGAAGGCCGGCUGUGCAAACAAGUAAAUGGUUCGAUCAACAAUCUUGGAUGGAAAAGUUGAAGAGUGCUUAUGAAAGAGGCACUCUUGUCUUACUAGAAAACUUGGAUCCGUCGUAUACAUCUUCAGAAGUAGAGGAUAUUGUUUGGAGUGCCUUGAAGGAAAUGGGUGAAGCUAAGAUGGUACCGCGUUGCACAUUGUCCAGUCCUGACCAUGGACAAGCUUUUUUCAUAUUCAAAUCAGUGGAUGCAGCAGAACGUGCAAUUUCUGAGUUAAAGGAGAAAUGCCUAAUGCUAUCAAAUGGAAGACCUCUUCUUGGUCGCAAAGGAUGUCUAGUAGAGCCAAACAACGCUUCUACUAGUUUUGUUGGCCAUAUGGUCAUUAACAACCUCAAAUUGCAGAAGCAAAAAGCAGAAUGGAAAAUUGCUGUAUCUACAUCCCACUACUCCCAGCCCAACACGAUCGAAUACGAUAUGGCCUUGGAAUGGCUUGUGUUACAAGAGAGAUCAAAACUACGGUGGGAUGCUUUGAAUAAGGUAAGCAAGAAACCCCUACAACUUCUUCUUGUUUUCAAUGAAUCUCUCUUUCUAGCACACAUGCUGUUAUAGAUAUACAUACCCUUUUGUGGGUCUGAUGCCGUUAUUCUGACAAACUUGAGUUGCGAGUUUUUACCCCUUUCAUCUAUGCAGCAACAGGCGGAGGAGAUAGAACAACUUAGAAGCCAACUAAAGACCCAUCACAACGCGUAAAUUUGCCUUCUGAACGCACUUUUUUUAAAAAUCACAUGUGAAGCUUUUUAGGAGGAACUGAUAAAGGUUUUUGUUACCUUUCUUUUUGAUGGGUCACCUUAGUGCAUUUUUUUCCACCACGGUUCUUCUGCAGAGAGAUGACAUACACAGGUAGGAUUUUUGUUUAGCGGUACAAAAAAGAGUAGGCAUACAAGGGUUUAUCCCCAUGGUUUGAUGGCAUACAGGGGUUGUGCCCAAGCUCAUAUCUGUAUAGAUGGUUUAAUCCUCAUCGGUAUAUGCAGUAUGGUUUGUUUCUUCAAGAAUUCUUGCAGUUCCCAUGUUGGAGAUUGUGUGCUUCGUGAAUAUGAAUCGUGGGAUAUGGCAUUUCUGUUGAAACAUCAUUUUUUUGGAGGA